UUCAUGUGGUCUUCCUUUGCUGGUACCAUAACCUGGACUGUUAUGAAGCGUAAAGAAGAAUUAUUUACAGAUGCUUUACGUCAGUCAGUGAUAUGAAGGCUAAGUAUUGGGGCUUCACACCUUUGAUUUCAAAAGGAAUCAUCUUGGAAAUGUCGGAGCAACGCCUGAGUGAUCGAAGAGCAGUGACUCUCAGAGGGCGGGUAGGUCUGUGACGGUGUGUGUGGAGGUGUGGAGGAGAUGGUUCUUUCUGCAGGAUGGACCGCAGGAAAAUCGUGCCCGGGUUCGUCCCCUGUUGUCUGUUAUUGGCCCUGUCUGUCUCUGCAGAGGUCUCUGAAGAUGGAUACUUGAAUAUUCUGCAGUCCAGUCCAGCUCUGCUCUCCUGUUCAGAAGGCUUUACAGAGCUGGGCUACUAUAAUGGCUCAGUUUCCCACACGGAUUCAGGCUCCCCCUGCCUGAAGUGGACUGACUUCCCAGACUACAUGCGGCAGUACCCAGGCCGAGGCCUGGGAGACCACAGCUUCUGCCGAAAUCCAGACAGAGAGGCCAACCCCUGGUGCUUCUUCAGGCAGAGCUCUGGUGCCAUUGGCUGGGCCUCCUGCGAUUGCCACCAGGGUGCAGCCAGAUUGGUCGGGGGGCCAUCAGGCAACAGCGGGCUUCUGGAGGUGUACCUGAAUGGCCAGUGGGGGGCAGUAUGUGACACACACUGGACCGACCGUGAUGCCAGCGUCAUAUGCAGACAGCUGGGACUGGGUGAGAUUGGUACAGCCCUGCAGCAUUCCUACUUUGGUCCAGGUUCCGUUUUCCACUAUGAGCGCCUGGGUUGCCGUGGUAAUGAGAAUUCCCUGCUGGAGUGCCAGAACAGGAAAUUUGUAACUGGUGACUGUCACCGUGGCAACGAAGCAGGGCUAGUUUGUGCUGAGCCUGAAGGCACUGGAAUCCCUGUAAGGCUGGUGGGAGGCCUUGAGAACUUUGAAGGCCGUGUCGAGGUGUACCAUGAUGGCAGGUGGGGAACCAUUUGUGAUGACCAGUGGGAUGACACCAAUGCUGAGGUGGUGUGCCGACAGUUGGGCCUGGGGGGUGUGGCAAAGGCGUGGACAUGGGCCCACUUUGGCCAGGGUUCUGGUCCCAUCUUUCUGGAUGGGGUUCAGUGUACAGGCAAUGAGCUCUCUCUGGAGGAGUGUCCUCACAACAACUGGGAGCAACACAACUGUGACCACGUGGAAGACGCAGGGGUCUCCUGCAACCCAUACACAGAUGGUGCAGUUCGUCUGGUGGGGGCAGACGGUCCGUGGGAGGGCCGUGUGGAGAUUUACCACCAGGGAGAAUGGGGCACUGUGUGUGAUGACAACUGGACCGAGCUCAACGCCCAGGUAGUGUGUAGACAACUGGGAUUCAGGGGCCGAGCAGAAGUGGCUCCUGAUGGGAUAUAUGAAGAAGGUCAUGGACUAAUCCUGCUGGACGAGGUGCAGUGCCUGGGGACAGAGGCCUCUCUACUGGCCUGCACCCAUUCUGAGUGGGGCCAACAUGACUGCUCCCACAGUGAGGAUGUAGGUGUCCGCUGUGAGAGGGAAGAUGAUACCAAUGAGGUACCAGGCCUGUUGCCUCCUAUAGGCCCACUGGUGCGUUUGGUUUCUGGAGAGAGCAGGAAGGAGGGCAGAGUGGAGGUUUUCAUAAAUGGCCAGUGGGGAAGCGUAUGUGAUGAUGGCUGGAAUGAUGUAAAUGCAGCUGUAGUGUGCAGACAGCUGGGAUUCACUGGUGUGGCUAAAGCUCGAUCCAUGGCGUACUUUGGUGAGGGUCAAGGUCCCAUUCAUCUGGACAACGUUCAAUGCUCGGGCAAUGAGUCAUCUUUAGGCCAGUGUGCAGCUGAGGGUAGAGAUGGCCAUGAUUGUCGCCACAGUGAGGAUGCUGGUGUUAUCUGUGAUUACACUCUGGAUCCUAUGGGAGAAGGCACCCUGGCAAUGCAUACCUGUGGCCUGAGACUCAAUAACCAGCGUCGGCGACGCAGGAUCAUAGGAGGAGAUAAGUCACUGAGGGGUGAGUGGCCCUGGCAGGUGUCUCUGUGGCUCAGGUCUCAGUCUAAAGGCAAUCAUCCUCUGUGUGGAGCAUCCCUUAUAAACCCAUGUUGGGUUGUGACUGCUGCCCACUGCUUCAAGAGGUUUGGCAGAGACCCAACUCGCUAUGUGUUGCGCCUGGGUGACUACCACACUGAGGAGCAGGAUGACUUUGAACGUACCUUGUCCCCCGAACGCAUUGUUAUCCACAGAAAGUACCACAGUCAGGGGUGGGAGUACGACAUUGCUUUGCUGCGACUCAAAGGCACAGAGGGCAACUGUGUGGCAUUCAACCCUCACACUGGUGCAGUAUGUCUGCCAGAGCCAGGCAACAAGUGGGAGAAGAGGCCUGCUGCCUGUGUUAUCACUGGCUGGGGCAUCACAGACUCAGAGUACUCCCGCACGCUGCUACAAGCCUGGGUUCCCCUGCUCCCUGCUUGGAAGUGUAAAAAGAGAUAUGGUGAUCGCUUCACCAGCCGCAUGCUGUGUGCCGGAAGCCUAUCAGAGCACCACCGUGUGGACAGUUGUCAGGGUGACAGUGGGGGUCCACUGGUUUGCCAGGGGGAGGGGGGCCGAUGGAUGCUGACAGGAGUCAUCUCCUGGGGUCAUGGCUGCGGUAACCCCUCCUUCCCUGGGGUGUACACACGGGUUAGCAGGUUCCUGCGAUGGAUUGACAAAGUCAUCAACAAACCCUACAAGAACUGAUGAUGGGGAAGAACACUUUGGAUUACCAGUGUCAUUAAUGUCAUUAAGUGGCUUCAGGGCUGGUAGCAGUAGGUGUAUGCCUAAUGGCCUUUGUGUCUGUGUCGUGCCUCCUGGACUCCUACACCAAGCACUUCAGUCUUCUGUUUCUUUAUCCCCCAUCACUUCAAAAAGCAUGUAAAUGGCAUUAUGCUCUAUAUUAUUUCCAUGGUGUGGACUAAUGUCAGAUUGCUAUACACUAGGAACACUUGUGUUGUGCCAUAUUGUGAUGCAGAUUUUACAUGAGUAAAAGGGUGCUUAUUGAUGAUGAGUUGUACUUGAUGUUCCCCUAAACUGCAAUAUAUGCCUUUGUCUUGCUCCUCUUCAUCUAACCAGUUGGUUAUUUGAAACAGCUACUUAUUUAAUUGCUUGCUUGCAAUAGGUAAGCACUGAAUAAUGUCAGUCUCUUCCUGUGUAGACAAUGUUUUUAUUGAACAAGAAGUUUAGGGUUCUGUAUGCUUCAAACAAACAAGUUUGUGCAAGUUUCGUCUAAACAUGUCUGCAGGCAAAAGUGUGUAUAACUGUUCCGAAUGGCCACACUUGAAGGAGGGGUGAAAAGCCUGGCAUCAUAGUGAGGGCUAAGAAGUGAUGAAAAGUGCACACUUUCAAACAAUCAUCUGCAUACGUGGCCAAUCACUUUAUGAGGGUCACAUGAUUGUCCAACUGUCAGUGUCAGAGAGCUACAAAUAUGGUCAGAUGUGCCCUCUCCUCUCCAAUUCCAACAUUGCUAAGAUAUAGGCGGAGGGGUUUCAGAUGCUGUUCAACAAUCUGACAAGCACUUUGUUUGAAGCAUACUUUCAAACUUUAGUAGUGCUACCCUCCUGUCCCUACUGACAAAUAAGGUUGCACUGCUUCACAAUAAUAGCCUUCAUGUGGUUUGUCGGUGGAAAGCUUUUCAUGUGGAGCAGCAGCAGCAUCAGUUUUAUUCAAUAAUUAUAGCUCUAGUACAGCUAUAGGAGAGUGACCAAUGAGUAACCAAUGAGGCUGCUGUUUGUUGGAUGAAAGGAUCAUCAGGAACAUAGGAGUGAAACACAACUUGCAACCAACUUGAGUCCUCUGCUGUGAGGCUGAGUGGAAAUGCAUAUGAUCAUGGCUAGCUACUAAAGGUCUUCAUGGGUCCAACUCUGAUGUUCACGAUGAACAUGAUGUUCCACCAAUUAAGCUCAAAUUAGACUUUAAACCUGUCAUGUUCCUUUUCAUUUGGUGCAAAAUGUUUGACCCAAGGACCAUAUGUGGACUGGACAUUUGUGAACACAUCUGGCACUUGGUGCCACCAUAGGCACCCAGUGCCCAGUAGUAUCACUAAAACCCCAGGUGCUUCCACUAUUAACAUAUAGACGUUAUAGCGGGACCCUGCCCCACCUUAUUACAUUGAUUUUAAUUUGGACCCAGCCUGAGUGGGGUCUCAGAUAAUAGUAACCCCAGUGGACUCAUGAAGACCUCUACUUAAAUAGUGCUAUACUAAGCUAGUCAUGUGAAAAGCUCAAUGAAAUUGCACUAAAAUGCAUGCCUUACAAUCACAUUUGGUCACCUGUAAAUAAGAACUUCAUGCAGGCAGGCAGAAUGACAGUGAUGGGGAAAAAACAAAAAUCUUUGAAGAAUGAUAUGUUUCAAUAAUGAAUUUGUUUUUUAUUUGUUAUUUGCUUAAUCAACAUUCCAAGUGUGCAUCUCUUAACCAAAAAAAAACAGGUCAAAUCAUUAUUCAUUAUUAUUCUAACCAUGAUUGUUGACACAUUUCUUUUUGCUAAGAUUUAACUUAUUACAGGUCUACAGUUACUGUCAACUACUUGACAGUUAAAAAUGUAAAAAGUUUUUUAAUGUUUUAAUGUUGAUUUUGUUAAACUGUAUUUAUUUAAGUAGUGUUAAUUCUCACAUGGUCACAUUCCACUUUACGACUGGAGAAAUGUAAACAUUGAUGUAAGCAGCCAUGCUUCUGGGACAUUUAUGUGCCUCAGCUACAGAACAUGUAUUCAACCAUAAAACUCUUAACAGAGACUAGCUGGCUAGUCUCUGUAAAGCUAAAUUUAAAAAAGAAGCUUUUGUUCA